GCGAAAGUAAUUUCAACCGUUUUGUCGCGAUGUCCCUACCGAAGAGAGUUGUUGGAAAUUAAAUGUUCGCAUUUAGGCGUAACUGCGACCCGGCCGCUUUGAAUAGCCUAGGCCACUGCUGAAACUAUUAGGCCUACUGUUAAAAUGUAUUUAAGAGUUAUUUUGAGUGUCAUCAUUUUCGUUUUCUCAGAAGGACUGAUAUUACAAGGCCCCAGUAGACCCCUGGUUGCCCAGCUUGGGGGUGUUUUGCAGCUUCCUUGUUCCGUUGAGACCCCCUUACCUCUGGAUGAGUUGGAGGUGGAAUGGAGAAGGACGAGCUCAAAGGAACUGGUGCAUCUUUUCCAAGGAGGAGAAAUACGAUCAGAAUCGCAGAGCUCUGCAUACACGGAUAGAGCAUAUUUCUUUACAAAGGGAGAUAUAGCGAAGGGGAAUUAUUCUAUACUUCUUCGCAACAUUACAACCGAUGAUGCAGGAAGUUACAGUUGCGGCGUUUACACAAAUGAAGAAAACAGUGAAAUUGCCGUUGAAAUUGAUGCCAUUGAGCGUUUGGUGUUGACAGGAACAGACCAUGCCAUGACUGCCUAUGUUGGUCAAGAGGUCAUUCUGAGCUGCUUUGUGGAUUCCCAUAUUCCCCCUGAAGAGGUGUCCUGGACAAAGGUUGAUUCAGAUAAAAGCCAAAAGCUAGUUUUACUUUUUCAAGACAAUGUAACGUAUCAAGACUCAGCACAUGCAAGUUACCAAGGCAGAACAGAGUUUUUCAAUGCAGAGAUUCCCAAAGGCAACUUCUCACUGAGAUUGAAGGAUGUCAGGACUGAAGACAAAGGGGAGUACAUGUGUCAAGCCUACAGUGGUCAUCUAUCAGCCAACACCACUGUUGUUCUAGAGGGACUGGGUCUGUCCUCUAUGCACAUACUGAUAUUAGCAUUGUGCUGCGCUGCCGUUAUAGUGGCACUGGUCGUUUCUGCUUUGAUCCUUGUGGAUAUCAAAGAUGUAAGCCAAAGAGCCUUGAUAAUGCACUAUGUGCUGGUCUUUGCUCCAAGUAUCUUAAUGUUCACUGCAUUUGUGCUGUGGGGCGUUAUUGAGGGAUUCCUGGGUGAGGUGGUUACCUGCUCAACUGUCAACCUAAUUCGUUUCAUUUUACUAUUCAAGACAUGUCUAUAUCAGGAGAAACUCCCAGAAAUGAUUAAGACCAUCAUCAAGACUGGUUUUUUCUUUGAGUACUUCAUCGUUGUCAGCGUUUUGUAUUUUGUCAUUUUCUUUAAUGUUUGGAGUAUUGAAAGAGAGAGCAAAGCCAUGGCUUUCAUGGGCAUCAUGUAUGGAUCAUCACUGCAUAUGGGCAUAAAAGGUUUCUUUGGUGGAGGGGGUGAUUUCAUGGAAAUCAUGGAUUUGUUUUACUUGUUCAACAUGUCUUUUCUGUCUCGCACGUUCAGUGAAAGUGCCUUCAUAAGCAUGUUUGCUGGAGUAUUUGUAUUAAUUUUAUCCAACUGGAUUUUGUUUAUCAUAGUUAAGAAAAGAUAUCCUUUUUUGGAGAAAUCAAAAUUGUUCUGGUUGGGAUGGCAGAUAUUUUAUUUCAUCAGGCGCCUCAUUAUUAGUGCAGUAAUUUUCUACUUCUUUAAUCAAAUUCUAGAAAAUCAUGAAGAGCGUGCUGGAUUGCUGUCUGUAACUGCCCUGUUCCACCUCCUGGCUCUGUCUGGAAUAUAUGAUCGGGUGAAACUCUCUUUAGCUGAAACUCCAAAGACGAUUCUCUACAAGUAUGGAGCUGUUGGUUUAGUUGUUGUUAAUGCUGCUACCUUGGCAACAGAAUUAAUACUGAAAUCACGUACAGGAGAACGAAAUGUAGCAGAUCUCCGUGUUGUAGUUCUACCGUUUGAAUGUGUUUUUGUUUUGAGCUGGAUUGUGCUAUGGAGCCAUGCAUACUGGAUGGGCAGGCGAGAUAAAAUUAAAACAGAACUGGACAUGUGUAAGAAAAAAGGAUGUAGACAUUGGAUAAAGAGUUUGAAAGGAGAACUUGAUCCACCUGAAGAUUGUGAGAUGACUGAGAUGACAAGUCAGUCUGCUGCUGGAUCAGGCACUCCACAGGGGAGUCCACCUGAACCACCUCCAGAAACAGACGCAGACAUACAUGUUCUAGGAGAUGUCCCAGAAGAUACCAACACAUGUUCAUCAGAACCAGUUAGCAAAGAAGAUUUCAUCUCCACUGACACAGCUGCGGAAGCAAUAGAACCAAAUGCAGAUACACAUAGCCGUACAAGUAAAUCAGCUGCAGAAGAAAUGGACACAACUCCUGUUUUACAAGACAAAGAUACUAUCUCAAACACACACUCACAUAUACCAGUGACUGAGGAUACUGAUUCACUGUUGAGCCAUGGAGAAAAAGAGCCAGCAGAGACAGACUUCCAAGAGCCAAGACGCAACUCUGUUACAGAAGACAUGGAGAGCUCGCCACUUCUCCAAGGAGACAUGGUUAAACCCAUCCCUCAUUCUGAGUCAAAUUAAGAGACAAAUACUGUAUAGUGAUAACGAUAAGUGAAUCAAAAGGGAAAUAACAUGUCAUAACAGCACUGUUCCACAAGACACACUUAGUUCUUCAUAAUUACAGCAGAUUACAGUAUUUUCAACCUUCCUUGUGUUUUUAAAUAAAAGUACAAUUUAAUUU